UAGCGGUGCGUCGGAUACGAAGAACGGGACUGCCAAGGAAGCUAGAAUCACGUGACUAUCUCCCUUGAGGCAGGCAGUCCUGCAGCAGAGGAGGGAAGGGGAACGUGGUCAUCAUGGCUGCGGAGGGGACGUCAGUGGCCGUGGUGGGAUACUUUAAGUGGACGUUCGCCAUCUUACUGUACGUGAUCACCUUCAUCCCGUCCAACUACAUCUACGACGAGGCCAAAGUGGUCACCGUGCAGCGCCUCUUACCCACGUAUGACUACUUGGUGGUGGGCGGCGGCAGUGCCGGGAGUGUGGUAGCGGCGCGACUCAGCGAGGAGGCUAACGUGACGGUGGCACUGCUGGAGGCGGGAGGCCACGAGACUCAGCUAUCGCAAGUGCCGGGCCUCGCGAUGGACCUACAGCUCUCCGAGAUGGACUGGCAGUACCGCGCCCACCCCUCCACUACCUCGUGUCUUGGCAUGAAAGACAAUAGGUGCAACCUGCCCCGGGGGCGCGUGGUGGGCGGCAGCAGCAGCAUUAACUAUAUGUUGUAUGUUCGGGGGAACAAACUGGACUACGACCACUGGGAGGCUUUGGGCAAUCCUGGGUGGGGCUUUCUCGAUGUUCUGCCCUUCUUCAGGAAGUCAGAGGGCAACAUGGACUUCGCUACCGAUCCCAACUUCCACGGGACAAAGGGACUACUGACAGUGGAGGCUGCUCCUUGGACUACUCGUCUGGCGCACACCUUCCUUCAAGCCGGCCUGGAGCUGGGAUAUCCCGUGUUGGAUGUCAAUGCAGCUUCCCAGGAGGGUUUUAUGGUGCCUCACGGCUUCCUGCGUCGAGGGGGCCGCUGCUCUAAUGCCAAAGCCUUCCUCAGGCCUGCGUCGAGGCGCCGCAACUUGCACGUGGCCCUCAACACACUCGUCAAAAAGGUGGUCAUCAACCCGUCCACAAGGAGAGCUCUCGGCGUGGAGAUUGAUGGAGGAGAGAUAGUGGCGGCACGGCGGGAGGUGGUGCUGUGUGCCGGAGCCAUCAAUACGCCACAGCUUCUCAUGCUCUCGGGCAUCGGACCCGCCGCCCACCUGAGAAGCCUCAACAUCACCGUGGUGAAGGAUCUGCCUGUCGGACGGAACUUGCAGGAUCAUGUGGCAGCCGGCGUCACCUUCACCAUCCAGGAACCUGCAUCACUGAGCACCGCACGCCUGCAGAACGCACCUGCCUUCCUGCGCUACGCCUUCCUCGGCUCCGGCCCGCUGGCUUCCCUUGGUGGGGUGGAGGGCGUUGCUUUCGUUAGCACCACCUACGCAAACACUUCCGUGAAUUGGCCUGAUGUACAGUUCCAUUUCAUCGCCGGUUCUCACGCCUCUGAUGAAGGGCGGCACAUGCGCUACAUCUUAGGUCUGAGAGAGGACCAUUGGACCAGCUAUUACAAGCCCCUUACCUCCCGCGAUCACUUCACUAUCAUGGUGCUCCCCGCCAGGCCUCGCAGCAGGGGGUUCGUGGAGCUGGUGUCCCGUGACCCUCGCCAGCAUCCUAAAGUGGUGACCAAUUACCUGACGGAGGAGCAUGACGUGAAGGUGUUGCUGGACGGGAUGCGCAUUGCUCGGGAACUUGGCAACACUCAAGCUUUCAAGAGGCUAGGAUCGAAGCUCUACGAAGGUGCAGUGCCAGGCUGCGAGCACCUCCCACCCUCGUCCCCCGCCGCCUGGGAAUGCCUCGCCCGUCACCUCACCCUUGUCUUCUACCACCUGUGCGGCACCGCCAGGAUGGGUCCGCCAGGCCACCCAGAUACUGUGGUGGAUCCUUCCCUUAGGGUGGUGGACGUGUCUGGCCUGCGGGUGGUGGAUGCUGCAGUGUUUCCGACGUUGCCCUCAGCGAACACCAACGCAGCGGUGACCAUGGUGGCGGAGAGGGCGGCUUACCUAAUACAACACGAGUGGCAGGACGUCCAGCAAGCCUCCGUCCUUACUCCUUUAUCCUCCUCGGUCACUUCAGGGCAGAGGGGAGGGACGGUGGGUGUGAAGGAGGAGCAUUAUGAUGAACUGUAAUCUAGCUUCAUUCUUGUUCUCUGUUGCUCCAAGGUAGGAUAUAGGUCGAGGUUGCUGGAUGUCACUCACCUCAACCACUUUCACUCGUCUCCUUCAUUUGUAUGCCUCCUUCCCCUCCCCUCCCCUCUGUGUGUGUGUGUGUGUGUGUGUGUGUGUGUGUGUGUGUGUAUCGUUUCCUUACUUCCAUGCUACUGCCUCGUCCUUGCGCCCUCUAUUGUGUUCCACAUUUUGUCUUACUCGCUCUUCCUGUUCCGUCCCCCGUUAAGUAGGUCUUACAUCCUUCCACAUAGAUUAAUGUUUGUGACUCUGUGAACUCUGUGUAUUAUCUUGUAUAUUAAAGUCCUGCAUGCUG